CUAAUUAAACCAGAGAAAACACACAACAAUUUCACACCGCCUAAUUAGUCCAGUUUGUUGUGUAUAAGUAUAUACGGACACACAUGGCUUUGUAAUAAGAGAUGGAUCAGUUGGAAGAAGAAAUAUUGGAGCCUGUAAGUCCUACAGGACAAUACUUAAACAGCUCAGUGCUUUCCCUUUCUAUAUUAGGCGUUUUGGAAACAGAAAUCCCGAUCGACGACUCGCAAACCAUUCCCCUCCUUAGAGAUGUUUUCUUGCCUAUCAAUUCUCGAUUCUCUUCCAUCAUGGUUGGUGAGAAGAAUGGGGUGAAGAAAUGGAAGAAGGUUGAAGUGAAUCUCAAGGAGCAUGUUAAUGCACCAAUAUUCCCGGAAGGCAUGCCACUAGAAUAUUACGACAAUUGCUUAAGUGAUUAUCUGUCGAAACUAAGCGUGGAUUUACUCCCACAAAACCGGCCCCUGUGGGAACUUCAUCUGUUCAAGUACCCUACAAGUGAUGCAGCGGGGACUAUAAUUUUUAAGCUGCAUCAUGCACUUGGAGAUGGAUAUUCACUUAUUGGAGCUCUCCUCUCUUGUCUACAAAGAAUGGAUGAUCCUCGCGUUCCUCUGACAUUUCCUUCGCGUCAAUCUGACUCUUCUUCCACCAAGCUGCAGUCCAAAGGAAAUGGCGUUUCAAGCUUUUUUAAGAGCUUAAUUGGAGUUCCAUCUUCCUUUGCCAAUACUGUAAUGGACUUUGGAUCCAGCCUUCUGAAGAGCAGCAUUAUUAAAGAUGUGGAGUCACCACUCCGAUCUGGUCAUGACGGGGUGGAAUUUCAGCCCAUGGCUAUGGCCACUAUGGAAUUUUCUCUAGAUCACAUCAAGAAAAUCAAGAACAACCUCAAAGUGUCUAUGAAUGACGUGAUUGCUGGAGUUAUAUUAUUAGGAAGUCGAUUGUACAUGCAAAGAGAAAGGGAGAAUUCCAGCAACUUGAAUGCAAAUGCACUGAUGCUAUUAAACACCAGGAAUCUUGAUGGCUACAAGUCUGUAGACGAGAUGGUUAAGCCCAAGUCUACAAUGCCAUGGGGUAACAACUUCGCAUUCCUACACGUCUCCAUACCUAAGUUAAAAGCUUCCCAUUUGUCAGAUCCACUCAAGUUUGUGUAUGAAACACAAAACACUGUAAAGAGGAAGAGAAACAGCGCGGGGGUCUUUCUAACCAGUAUAAUGUUAGACAAUCUUAGAAAAUUUAGAGGCCCUGAGGUAACAUCUGAAUACAUCCGAAACACUUUGAUCAAUUCAAGCAUGACCAUCACAAAUCUUAUUGGCCCAGUGGAACAAAUGAGUUUGAGUGAUCAUCCGAUAAAAGGCCUCUACUUCUUCGUGGUUAAUGCUCCACAGAGUGCUGAAGUGACAAUAAUGAGCUACGUGGGAAAGGUUCGACUUGGAAUCGGAGUAGAGAAAGACUUCAUAAAUCCACACAAGUUCAAGUCAUGCAUCGCCCACGCAUUCGAUAUGGUCUCCAAAGCCGCAGCUGUACCAUAGAUCUGCAAACCCACAAACAGAAUCACUAACAGAGUACUGAUCGAUUAAUGAAAGUUGAUGAAAGUGGGUGUGUGUUUCUGUCGUGUGUAUCAUAGUUUAUGUGAGAAAGGAAAGCUAUCGGCAUCACAUCAUUGUGUUCGUCUCUUUGUCUGUUCAUUGAAUAAUAAUAAGAAAAAUAAGAAAAACUAUUU